AUGCCUUCUGUUAAUGAGGAAUUGCUGCUGCCCUCAACGCCGGGGAAGUUUAAGGAUAAAUCACAUUCAAUGCACAGACAAUUCUACCGGUGUUUCGCUUCGAUGAGUACGAUGUUCUUGUGGGCUCUUUUCUUGGUGGCGUUGACGGCGUCGUAUUUGAGUUUCCAGUCGUUCGUGGAUUCCGGUAACAAGUACUUCUCUGCCGCGUGGGGCGGCGCCCACUGGGAAAAACAGGUCAAAGCCUCCGCUCAGAUCCACCGGCGGAAUGGGUUCUCCGUGCUUGUUACCGGCGCCGCCGGUUUCGUCGGUUCCCACGUGUCUCUCUCCCUUAAAAAGCGCGGCGACGGCGUUGUUGGGCUUGACAAUUUCAACAAUUAUUACGACCCUGCAUUAAAGCAAGCCAGAAAAAAAUUGCUAAAUUCCCAAAAUAUAUUCAUCGUGGAGGGUGAUGUGAAUGAUGCACGCAUGAUAUCAAGACUAUUCGAAAUUGUGCCCUUCACCCACGUGAUGCACCUGGCUGCGCAGGCAGGGGUACGAUACGCCAUAGAAAAUCCGCAUUCGUACGUGCACAGUAAUAUUGCAGGAUUGGUCACUCUUCUCGAAGCAUGCAAAAACGCGGAUCCACAGCCUGCAAUUGUGUGGGCCAGCUCCAGUUCGGUUUACGGGUUGAACGAAAAGGCCCCGUUUUCAGAAUCGGAUCGAACCGACCAGCCAGCUUCACUGUACGCCGCAACCAAGAAAGCCGGCGAAGAAAUAACCCACACGUACAAUCAUAUUUACGGGUUGUCAAUUACCGGGUUGCGGUUUUUCACUGUUUACGGCCCAUGGGGAAGACCCGACAUGGCGUAUUUCUCCUUCACCCGGAAUAUUCUACAGGGAAAGCCAAUAACAAUUUACCGGGGCAAGAAUCGGGUCGAAUUGGCUCGGGAUUUCACCUACAUUGAUGACAUUGUGAGAGGCUGCGUGGCGUCGUUGGAUACAGCGAAAAAGAGUUCCGGGUCGGGUGGGAAGAAAAUGGGACCCGCACAAUACCGGAUAUAUAAUCUGGGUAAUACGUCGCCAGUGACAGUUCCGAUGAUGGUCGGAAUUCUUGAAAGGCUUUUGCAGGUAAAAGCAAAGAAGAAUGCCAUUACAAUGCCCGGAAACGGUGACGUUCCGUUCACCCAUGCAAAUAUAAGCUUGGCCCGAAGGGAACUCGGGUACAGACCCACAACCGAUUUGCAAACCGGGUUAAAGAAGUUUGUAAAAUGGUAUCUCUCAUAUUAUGGCUACAAUCACGGCAAGUAA